AUGAUUUCCAUUUGGUUCAUUGGCCUGUACCUCGUCACGUUUCAAGUGACGUGUGAGGGCGCCCCAGGUCCAAAAAUUAUUAUACAGAACGACGUGGAGAAAAGAGGCAGUGAGUAUAUUUCAAUUCUUGCCUAUAUAUACACAUCGUGAUUGAUUGAACCUUCCUUAAAACUGCUUUGAGUCAAGUGACAAGACCUUAACUAUAAAUUUUUGAUUGGGGUGAAGCCUUCUGGAUUUUUUUCAUUUUCGCUUUAAGGAAAUUGAGCUCUAUCAGAUUAUUUGACGAACAAAUCACGAGAACUUAGUUACCACCGAGAUUGCUUAGCACUUGCACCUUUUGUGUUUCAUGUUUUCUUAAUACGUAAAAGAUGAUUUGCAGUUUAUAUUUUCUUGCAGUUUGUACUGAAAACCAAAUGGACAAAAGUAGUGGCUGUCCACAGUGGCAAGGCGAAGGAUUUUGUUCUCAGGAUAGUGAAUACUAUCAGUUUAUGAUGGGAAACUGCUAUGCAAGUUGUGGCCAUUGCCAGCGUGAGUAAAAUCAUAUUGUAAGACAUAGUCAAACAUAGACAACUAACUUUACAGUCAGGAAGAUGCUGGAAUGUAAUGUUAGUUCGGUGAUAUGAAGAUAAGAAACUAAUGAAGUAAAUCGGAAUUUAGAACUUAUUUCGCCCCAAAUGUCACCGUCACAUGUUUUAAAAUCAACAAACUUUCUUUUGCAGUGCCUCCAACGGAAGCACCGAAAGGUGAAAAUUUACUAUUUUGUAAUAACUAUUAUGUAAUAAGCAUUUUUACAAAAGAAGUUGAAAUCAGGAAAUAACCAGACUUCUCUUCGGGAGUCGUACCAAACAGCAGAUUCAGUUUCAUUAGCUCUUUCCAUUCAAGAUGAGCUCUCAAACAGAAGCCCGUUCCAAAGAAAUUAUGGUAACCUAUCCAGGCAAUAACUUUGGCUGCGCGCUCGUUGGCAAGUCCGUCUGUGCGCAAGCUGUAUUUCGCAUGCGUAGCAAGCUUUAUUGUAAGUACUAAGUGCGCAAGCUGUAUUUUGCAUGCAUAGCAAGCUGUAUUGUUAGCAAUAAGUGUGAAAAGAAACGUGGAACAAUCUUGAGUUGCCUUUUGAGAAACAAAACGGGACUCCGGUCAAAGGCUUGACUUAGUCUACAUCUGUCGAUAUAUUUUUUUUACCUUUGGUGAUACACGAGCAUGUUUUCCACAGCGUGCACAGCCAACGAGAUAGACAAAAAGGGUAGCUACUGCACUAUGUGGAAAACAAAUUAUGGAUGUACCGGCGGCAUGGAACAGUUUAUGAGAAAAAACUGUUAUGCUACUUGUGGUCACUGUAUAAGUAAGUGAUAUUAGAAAUAGACAAUGUGAACAAAAUGUUUUGGGCAGUUUGAGAUACUGAGGGAGCCAAGUGGAAGAUUCAGAACCCAGUUUUUCUCUACUUGUUAAUCAUUAAUUUUUGGAAGAAGCACAUUUCGCUGAACAUUGGCUCGCCUGUUAAUAAGAUUUCAGAGCAGUAGAUGUGUGGUAUGAGAAACGACUUCCAGUAGAAGUGGGGUCUAACCAUUUUCAAAACAGUAAUUGUUUUAGCCAUUGGGGGGAAUAGCAUUCGUAGUAAUCCAAGAAAAAGCUUUUUGAGUUUGAAUUAUAUCUGCACAGGAAUUCAUUUCCAUAUAGCCACGUUAUCACCCCUGUUAGAAAUUUUACCUCAUUUUAGAAGGUCUAUCAUCUCAUUUUGAGUUAAGGAAAAAAAUUAAUGUAUUUAGUAUUGUAUCGCAGUAAGGUAAUUGAGUAAGCAUGCACGUUUGCUGCGAAACGAGCAUUUUUAGUCGAUGUUGACAGCCUUUUUGUUCAUUUAUAACUCCUUUUUCAUAUGCAACUUAGUCAGGUGUACGCUUCUUUUUUCCUUGUUUUUUCAGUGGCGCCCACACCAAUCCCACAAGGUGAGUUUUUAAGAUCAAACUAGAAUAGAACCAAACUAGAACAAAAUCAAACUAUCUAACAUGCCAAUAGAGGAACGGGCAUGUCCGUAUAACCACAGGUAUAAGCUUACAACGGACAGGCAUUCAAAGGCCAAAAGGCAAUUAGGCGGGGGCAGCUAAAAGACAGUCAAACGGGCAGAUUGAUAGACGAACAUACAGAGAGACAAAUGGCUCACUCUGGAGAUACAUCAUACUAAGCUAGACAGACAUUAUGGAUGACUAACAGUCACUCAAAUACCACACGCUGCAGAUUUAAAGGCAGUCGAACACAGCAUGGAAUAGGUCUUGUGUGAUGGCCUCCCGUUGCAGGACUAUAAAUUCUUGAGCAAAGGUUGAAUAAGGGCAGACGGAAUAAACUAACGUAUUUUAUUUAUUUUGAUAAACAUUGUUUUUAUCUCCAACUACGAAGUGGACCCAGAUGCCUGCCUGCAAGCCCAUAAUGAAAAGCGGGCUCUUCAUGGAGCCCCAGCUUUGGUGUGGGAUAACAAACUGGCUCAGGAUGCAAAGAACUGGGCAGAUCAUUUGGCUUCUAUUGGACGCCUAGUCCACGCUAAAAACAUUGCCGAAGGAGAAAACCUUUACUCAGGCUCGAGCGGAUUUGUCAAAUCCUGUUCAGAUGCCGUAAAGUCCUGGUAGGCAUAUCUGCGUAAAAAAGGGUAUACCAGGGAAAUUUAUCACAAAUUUAGUAUUAUCGACAGAUUAUGAGUAGCAACUAAUCAAAAUGCACGUAAAUUUAAAUAGUUGGAGCUCAGGAUAUCUUGAAGUGUGAUCUUUUAGAGUGAGAGGAGUUCUAAAACGGAAUAUUGUCAGUGACAGUGAUCUAACUCUCAAUACUUUGAACGGGAGUCAUCAUUAAGGUCAAAAUAAGAACCAAGUUUUUUAAUUAACCUCGAUGAACAUUUUCCACAAGCCUUUUUAUAAUCCUUGAAGACAUGAGGAAAAGAAAUCGUCGUGCGAUCUUUUUCAGGAGAACACGAAUAUGGAUGAAUACAUUAGGAUAAUGGGAACGUAUAGGAUACUUAGCCUCUAAUGGGGUGCCUUCGCCUCCCUCCUGUCCACACAAAACCCCGCAGUAACAUUAGAUAAAUUGAAUGAGAUAAAUCACCUACAUCAAGCAGUGACGCUUCCAGCCAAUGGCUUUUAGAGCUUUUAGAACUUUGAUUUCAAUCGAAAUUGUACUUUAAAGUGUUGGUUUUUUAUUGAGGAAAGAAACCAAAGAACCCAGAGAAAAACCCCUCAGAGGACAGAUGAGAUUCAAGAGCAACCUCAACCCACGCGUGACGUUAGUUGUUGGAAUCAAGCCAAGACUGCACGUACUCUAACCCCAAUGCGCUCCUGUUCUCCCUCCCCCUCCCCACCUCCCAGCCCGAAAAUGUUAGUAUCGCCACUUGUUGCUCCACAUUUGAUUUUUUAAGCUCAUAGGCAAUUCCAUCAUGACAUCGUCAUAGCCGAGUUGUUUACGAUUACAUCCUGUCCUUUAACUGACAUUUGCUUUAUGUUGACUUUCCAAAUCCUGAAGUAAACCGAUUUUAUUUUGUUCAUUGGUAGGUACAAUGAAAUAAAGUUUUAUGACUUCGAUAAUCCAGGAUUUAGUUUCGCUACUGGACAUUUCACAGCGGUAAGAACAAGACUCAUCACCGGUGUCUGAGCACCUUAAUUUCUCAUCAAGAUCGGAGAGGAAUUUCCCAUCCAUUUUUCAUAUGUGUUGGUUACGCUAAAACUCAAAAUUACGACGCUGUUUCAGCAAUUUGAUAACUUAUUUGAUCAAAAAUCUAAUCAUAACAUAUUUAUCAAUCGGGAGUUUCUUUGGUACCUUAAAAUUGGCCCAUGACCGUUACGGAGUAGUGGCGUUGACUUAAGAAAAAAUCGUACGUGGGCCAAUUGCAGAGCAACCAGGGGCUGGAAUUUUUCCGACAUGGUAAUGGCUUCGCUUUACUUGGCUCUUUACAAAGCCUCAAUGUACCAUCCUCCAAACAAUCUUGAUUUGCUCACCCACAUUUUUCAUGGCAUCAGAUAUGUAGUCAUCUUUUUUUAAUUUUAUUUCUCAUCGGUUAUAAUUCUCAUCCUAGUUCUGAUUGCAAUAAGCUGUUGCCAUUACUACUUUCGUUUACAGUAAUGAUAAUUGUAAAAAUAAUCAUAAUAACAAUAGUAAUGUUAAUUACAGCACAUUUCACGUGGUGGCUCUUCUUGUCCACUGUUUCAGGAUCAAACUGGAAUUUUUAAUAUUGGAGAAAAACCCUUAGAGUAAGGACGAGAACCAACUAACUUAACCCACGUUCGACGCCAGGUCCAGAAAUCAAACUUGGGCCACAGCAGUGAGGGGCGAGAACUCUCACCAUUGCAACAUCCCCGCUUCCUGCAGCUAAAUGACCCGUAAUCGUAUAGCUUUCCUAGUGAAGAAGAAGGAUAUGCACUUCAAAGCCAAAUGUACGUUUACUUAUUGUCAAUGCUGCUUUCAGGUUGUAUGGAAGAGCACCACCAAACUGGGCGCAGCUUUGACCAAAAUAGUGUCAGACAACGGAGUCACUCACACAUAUGUUGUGGCACGCUAUUCGCCUGCAGGAAAUGUGAUUGGCCGUUUUGCUGCAAACGUCAAGCCAAAGUCCUCAUAG